AUGCUGUCCUCGCCCGCAGUAGCCGAACAUGACGCCACUCUAACUACACAAACUAUCCAAUUCAACUUCAAUGGGCCCCUUGAUGCACAUCCGCUUAUGGAGCAAUUUCCUGACAUCCACUCCGGACAUUGGCUCCUGGAAGAUGACUUCGACUUUACCGUUUUCGAACCCAUGGGGUUUAGCAGCGCUAUGCACGAGCCACAUCCAAUAAAUCAUGACAAUAAUCCAAAGUCAUCACAUCAGCAAAAGACAGAGAAACCCAAAUUUCGACCAGCAGUCCUUGAUCUCAGGCAAAUCUGGUAUGUUCAGGUUUCGGGUAUGGAAAACGAGCCUGAGCUAGAUUCUGGGACGGCAACUCCAAGGGAUGCCGCUACGACGACUCUCGACAACAUUGACGAAACAUAUCGUGUGAGAAUGGCAAGCAAGCUGCGACCACCCCUGCGGGAUGAGCCGCUGCCCUCCAUUGACUUUAUGAAUCUAUGUAUUCAUCUCUUUUUCACCAGAUUCAAUGUCGCCUUACCCCUCAUACAUAGCCCUUCAUUUCGACCCACACACAGCAACGCUCUCUUGGUGCUCUCGAUUUGUUCGGCAGGAUGUCUAUCUCUUGGCGCUGAGACGUCAGCAAAAACGGGCUCCAUGCUCUUUGAACGAGUGAACAAGGCUAUUCUUGUUGCUCCCUGGGAAAGAGCCCUUCCUCGAACCAAUGACCAAACCUGGAAUAUCGUAAAGGCAUCUAUAAUAGGUCAGACUUACGCACUGCUAUCUGGUGAUCCAGCUCACCGAGCAACGGCCGCUGCCUAUCAUGGGUCGCUCAUCGCGCUUGCCCGUUACCACAAAUUAUUUAAUCCGGCACCGGCUUUUCACCUCCCUAAUGAUCUUUCUACGGAGGAUCUGGACAGAGCAUGGAGAACGUGGGCAACGCAGGAAGAGCUGAGGAGGAUAGCUGUGCUCCUUUAUAUCCAUGACGCCGAGAUCGCAGCAUUGUUUCAUCAUGAGCCGGUCUUUCGUCACAAUGCGGGACAUAUACCCACAGUCUCCUCACCAGAACUCUUCUCUGCUCCGUCAGCGUCCGCCUGGGCUUCAUUACUCCGAGCUGAGCAAAGAGAAAGCCAAUUCGGAACCCCCGAUUAUCGAGCCGAAAUCACUAGCUCUUUCAACCUUGGGCACGGAACGAUUAGUGGUGAGAACCAGUCAAACCCCUUGUUACAGAGAGGCAUGAAGUACCGCAACAUAUUGAAUGUCUAUAACAACCUUUCGGGUAUCAGUGCAUCGAUUUGUGAGUGCCGACAUUUGGAUCUCCUCUCUUUUAACAUGGUGAGCAAAUUCGAAUCUGACCUUCUCACUUGGUAUGCGUCCACACCAAAGGGCUUCAAAGUGUCGUACGACGCCUCUAUGCAGACGGAAGCUCCAUUCAGCUUGCUCCCAUUAUGGCAUUACAACUUCCUCGCCUUGAGUACAGAUCUCAAUGUUCUUGAGAUUGCGGUCGGCAAGGAAGGUAGCGAAGUUUCCCCGUCGACUCGGGCGUCAGUGUUAUCCUGGAUCACGUCGUUGGAUUCCAAAAGAUGCUUGCUCCACGCCUUGUUCCUGCAAAAUCUGAUCGUAUCCACAAACAUGGGCGCACUUGUUGCCAUUCAUACGCCACGAAUUCUGUUCUCGGCCGCGAUUUGUUGGUAUUGUUAUAUGCUGUACCUGCCAGAGUGCCCUUCAGUGUCAAUAUCAUGGACCUCCCCAUUCCCAGCUGGCAUGUUUGAACCACUAAAUUCGUUGCCUGAGAUCCAGCUGCUUCGCGAAGGCAAAAGUUUAGACUCGACCAACAUCUACCCGGUGCCGCACAUACUUGACGAAACUCUCGCUGCUCUGCCGAAGAUCCUGGCUGCGAACGUUGCCGAAAUGAAGGCUAAUACCCUUUGCGUUAUUGAGUGCAUUCUCCGCAGACUAGGGACGAGUGGUAUUUCCCUGCGAUUUGCAGACAUAAUUCAGGCUUUCAUUUCUGGAGAGACGAAGAGCACCAGAGUUGAUCAGUAUAGCGUUCAAUAA